AUGUCUCUCAAUGGCUUAGACAGUCCUCCCGUCGUUGAAGCCCACCAGAUUGCUCUCACUGAAGCAGGAGGAUGGUUUCUUCUACGCUAUGUAUCAAGGGAUGAGGUGGCCCUUCAUGAGCGGGGGACAGGAGGUGUUCCUGACGUGCGAAAUGCGAUCGAAAACUACGAGGAAUGCUCUCCGCUCUAUGGCUUUCUACAAUAUCGUCGGAGGAAGGUCAUACUCAGCUAUCUACCUGAAGACCUAUCCCGACUCGUACGAGCCCGAACCACCGUUCAAUUCCAAUCGGUCUUAGACAAAUUCUCCCCUCAUGAUACGGUCUUUUCAUUAUCGCAACCCACCGAAUUGACGGAAAGCGCCCUUUCUUCUGCAUGUCUGCUACAUACCGCCUCAGAAGAAUCUCCAAUCAAAGAUACGACGGCACCAACCCAGGUCAAAUCCCAGGAUGCCCGGCAGAGGUCUUUCAGUCAAGUGUCAGAAGCCACGGUUGUACCCCCUUCAGUAGCUUCAGCUGCGCCGCAAGCACCCAAUGACGAUAUAUCCACACCAACGAGCCCCGAUUCUGCCCAAAUCAACGGAUUUCCAACCCCUGUCUCUGCGGGUUAUCACUCGGAACGGCCGACUUCCUCAAGGAAUCUUCGUGAUGAUUUAUCCCUCGCGCCCUCCGAAUCCCGUCAGUCCACGCAAUCGGCCAGGCCAUCCUUGCAAGAACUCGAGCGCGCAGCCGGAUUUAAGCCCAAGGUGAAGCUAGGACCGCGGCCUUCAGUGGAUGGGAGCGGACGCCCCCGUACAGCGGGAACGGCCGCUCGUAGCGUUGAACAGCGUCCAGUCGCCUCCCUGCCCUCCGGCAUUCGGGCUUCUCCAUUUCGCAAAUCCAAUCCUCCCCUCACACGUCCCCGUUCUCAGGGGAAUCCUGUCGUAACCACAUCCGCAAGUACCGCUAGGGUACCACCAGUGCCCCCUCUUCUGGUUCCCCCAUCAUCUAUGCCGAUCUCAAGACCUCAACUUUCUCCUGGUGCCAAGUCACUUAGUGCUCUUUCUACAUCCACGACCUCUAACGAGAAGGAGCGACUGAUGAAGGCACUGCAGCUCCGCAAGUCUCAAAUGCAGAAGAGGGCACAUGAAGCGAAGCAGAAAAAGGAAACUAGUAACGAAACGAGCCAUACAACACGAGACUUGAACGACGAUAAAGAGAAUAUUGGAUUGCACUCCGAGAAACCGACGUACGACAAGGGACGUCAAAGGUUAUCCAGCAUAUCGGAACAUGACAGCAAGAGUCCACCACCCAACGUGCAACCUGAAACCAAGCAGCCUGUCACCAUUGAACGUGAACCUGUUGACCCUUCUCAAGUUGAAGACCAUGAAAACGUCCAUUCGGAAAUUUCUAAGGAAGAGCCAGUUGUAGAAACCGUCAAUGAUCAGUCUGAUUACACACUGCCGAGCACUACCUAUUCACCGGCGGACUCUGAACCAGCUAACCUCGACGAGAAUCUAAAAGCAGAAACCCCUCCUUCAGAGCCUGAAACAGUCCCUGUUCAAGAAGACUCAACUGGGUCCACUGGAAAUGAAAUUAAGUGCGGCACCGGUUCGCCUAGCGCCGUUGUUGACGUCCCACCUGAAGACAAUCCUGAAAAGGCAAGAGAGGAAGAAGAAAUUAUCGCAACUGCCCCGCCAGUCGAGAAAGAGACGAUUGUUACAAACGAAAACGAACUAGACACUGCCGCCGAAGCACCUGAACCCGUCAAAUCCCCGUCACUCCUUUCGUCACAUUCCCCGGAGUCCGAGGCGCGGUCGGAAGCCGUCACCGACACUUCGACGAUAACCCCAUCGAACCUCGCCGAGCUGCAGAAUGCACCAUCGUCUGAGCCUGUAAGCGAGGAACAACAGAACUCAACAACGCGUAAGGACAAGUCCAAACCUGUCCUAGAGCCUAUACAAGUUCCGACGCCCGAUUAUUCGGAUGACGACCACCUUCUCUCCGAUGAUUCCUUCAUGGAAGAACUGAAAAGUGCUACAGUGGAGGAGGCAAAGCCCAUCUCGGUGGGAAAAACUCCGCUUUCUCCAGGCUACUCAAACGGUGGGAGCGAUCACCUUGGAUCUGAUGCAUGGCGAACUUCGCGUGCGGUUUCAAACCCAAGUGCUAUUGGAACUCAGUAUGCCAAUGCACCUGCUUUUGCUACCGCCAGGUCAGUUUCGAGUCCAUUCUCACAGACCGAGGACCCGACAAGCCCCGUUUUGGUGGCCAAGAAGAUCAAUGUUUCUUCUGGUAUCUCUAAGCGCAUCAAAGCUUUGGAGCAGUUUUCAGGAAACCGCGAGGGUGCGGCAACUCCCCCGAAUUUAUCUACCCCAACCGCAGCCUCCUUUGGAGCUGCUCGCAAGCGAGCAUCCGUAUCAUAUGGGACCGGUAACUCGGAGGCGUCAUUAUCCCGGCAUUCAUCCUACGCACCUGAGCCCUUCUCCCGAACUGCCAGUUUGAGACGUCCCGACUCGAGGGCUAGCACCAGUGCCGAACGUCCCACAAACUCUGUGUCUGUUACUGCACGCAUAAUCCGCGACCCAUUCGCUCCAGCGAACGACUCGAAUGCGAGCACGGAACCCCGCGCCCUCAACCUACAAGCUAGCCCGUUAACCGUUGAGCACGGUACACCGGAUGAGCCUGCAUCACGGGAUCCGACGCCAGAGGCUACUCCGAACCAGACUGAACCGCGUAGCAUGUCUAUCUCUUCUACGAGCUCAGCAAAACCACCUGCAGGCACAAUGCCUCGUUCAGAGAGUAGGUUAUCCAUGUCGUCUAGAAAUGACGGAUAUUUCCUGUCAAAGUCCCCAAGUGAGACAUCAGCGUCUUCACCCGAAGAGAAGAAGGAAUCCCGUGCUUCCAGACUCAUUCGCCGUAUGUCAUCGAUAACCUCACCCUCACGGAGAAGCACCGUCGGUUCAAAAAGCCCGGCGCUCAAGGAGGAGGACAAUAUGCCGUCUGUAGAUGACCGUUCCAAGACCACUGAGCCUUCUGCCCCUGUCGACAUCGGCGAGCUCAAUGUCCAAUUCCCCGACACGCUGCUCUGGAAACGACGGUUCAUCCGAAUUGACAGUCAAGGCUAUAUCGUUUUGACACCUGGAAAUAUGGACUCGAGUAACCGCAACUUGGUCAAGCGAUACCACUUGACUGAAUUUAAAACGCCCUGCAUACCUGACGAAGAACGGGAAGAACUUUCCAAUAGUAUCUUGCUGGACUUCCUCGACGGAAGCACUCUUCAAUGUGCCUGUGAGUCUAGGCAAGGGCAAGCGUUUGUUCUCCAAACUCUUGUCGAUGCCCAUGGUACCCAUCAACAACUCGUGUCAAAAUAG